AUGAACUCGACAACUCCCGUAUACGACCAGUCGCUAGAUGGAGGCAUUGUCGAGAGCAGAGAGCCGAUACGACCAACACCAGCCACUGCAAGGAGAGAUUUCAUCCAGUAUGGGCCGGACUUCUAG